UUCACUGAUGUCACUCAGAAACAGCAACAAUGCCUGAGCGCUGUCUCUAAGACGAUGCACAGAGCGAAGGGGGCAGCCGCCUCCUCUCUCACACUGCUGCUGUUGUUGCCGCUGCUGCACUGCUGCCACCUGUGCCACUCGCUGCGUGUUCCUCAACUUUCCUCCUAUGCAAAAGCCGAAGACAAGCUGUUCAAAUACCUCUUUGGGAACUACCAGAAAUGGGUCCGCCCGGUGGAAUAUCUGAACCAGAGCAUCUACGUCAAGUUUGGACUGGCCAUCUCCCAACUUGUUGAUGUGGAUGAAAAGAAUCAGCUGAUGACCACCAAUGUGUGGAUGAAACAGGAGUGGACCGACAUGAAGCUAAGGUGGGACCCCGACAACUACUUGGGCAUCACCACUAUACGAGUGCCCUCCGACAGGCUGUGGCUCCCAGACGUUGUGCUGUAUGAUAAUUCAGACGGUCGUUUCGAGGGCACAGUGACCAAGGCAGUGGUAAAAUACGACGGCACCAUAUUGUGGACUCCGCCUGCCAACUACAAGUCCGCCUGCACCAUCGAUGUCACCUUCUUCCCAUUUGACCUGCAGAACUGCUCCAUGAAAUUUGGCUCGUGGACCUACGACGGCUCUCAGGUCGACGUCAUUCUGGAGGACUUCCACGUGGAUAGGCAGGACUAUUUUGACAAUGGCGAAUGGGAGAUUGUGAAGGCCACAGGCAGCCGUGGUCUGAGGGUGGAUGGCGGCGUCUCAUAUCCCACCAUCACCUACUUCUUCAUCAUCCGCCGGCUGCCCCUCUUCUACACCCUCUUCCUCAUCAUCCCCUGCAUCGGCUUGUCCUUCCUCACCAUCCUCGUCUUCUACUUGCCCUCCAACUGCGGCGAAAAGAUCUCCCUGUGCACCUCAGUGCUGGUGUCGCUCACUGUCUUCCUGCUGGUCAUCGAGGAGAUCAUCCCUUCCUCGUCGAAGGCCAUCCCUCUCAUCGGCGAGUAUCUGGUCUUCACCAUGAUAUUCGUCACGCUAUCCAUCGUCAUCACCGUCUUCACCAUUAACGUCCACCACCGCUCCCCCUCGACGCAUAACGGCAUGGCGCCGUGGGUGCGCAGGAUAUUCCUGCAUCGGCUGCCCAAGGUGCUAUGCAUGCGCGGCCACGUGGACCGCUACGGCACAGCGGGAGCGGCACACACGGGACGGGUGCUGGGAUUGGGAUUGAUGAAGGACUGUACGACUGAGCACGGCCCCUCUCACGCCAGGCACAACAUCCAAGCUGCGCUGGAUUCCAUCCGCUACAUAACUAUGCAUGUGGUGAAAGAAAAUGAGGUCAGAGAGGUGGUACAGGACUGGAAGUUUGUUGCUCAGGUUCUGGAUCGAAUGUUUCUCUGGGCGUUCCUGUUGGUGUCUGUCCUGGGCUCAGCUCUCCUCUUCAUCCCGGUUAUCUACAAAUGGGCCAGCAUUAUCGUUCCCAAACAUUUUGGAGGUGCCCUUUGAGGGUUUGUUGACAUGGAAGUGAGGCACAUCAGUGACUAAAGUCCAGAUUACGCUAUGUCGGUAGCGUGAAGUAUCGAGUGUUACUACAGUACAACACAAAUAAAGUAAAAAUCCAAAAGAGGUGAUAAAUUUACCUGGCAAGCAGAAAUGUCGCAAAUUUGUCAGUGCUUCUGAAUCAGUGGUUCGCAAACGAGGAAUGGACAUGUUCAUGUUCUAAUGUACUAUUGUCAAGUUUACUGAUAGCAACAUUUUGACAAAAAAAAUGUUUUGUUUUUUGGGAAUUGCAGACUUCCCCUUUGAGAUGAAAGUGCAACUGGUAAACUCAAGCAUGUUUUGUUGGACUUUGCCCCUUUUCAGCCAGCACUGGGAUUAUUCUCCUCUGUAGCACAAAACAAGCUCCGUUUCUUGUCGUGUGUUCAUGCACGAACCUGCAGCUGAGUGAUGCCACGCAUCCGUACCAACAUGUUCCUUGAAGCGUCUGUGUGAAGAGACUGCGGAGAAACAUCACCCCGGGCAGUCAGUGUGAGCGCAUUUUAAUUGCAGCGCUAAAAGGUACUACACCUCGAAUCACCAGAUCAUUAACUACAAAAUUACACACAGCUGAACGCUCUAUUGGGUGAAAGAUUAAAUUAUUAAUCAUUAGUUAAAAAUGAGUUUGUUAUUUAUUCGUAGAAUGUGUUUGUACGCGCCUUCAGAUUUUUCCUAUGAUCCGUGUAGUGAAACGGAAUUACGUUUGGAAGCUAAAUACGUGGGCAAGCAGUCUGCCUCACAAUUCAAAGAUCUGGGGUUCGGAUCUUGCCUUUGGCCUUCCUGUGUUGUGUCUUUCUGCGCAUGGGUUUUCCGUGAGUACCCCAACUUACUCCCACAUGCAAAAAUUGUGUGUGUUAUUUUCAUUAAAGAUUCAAAAUAGUG